AUGGGGCAUUCCUCGCACCAUCGCGAGGACUCAUCCUCCAGCAAGAGCCAUCGGCCUAUCCAGCCGAGUUCACUUCGUCAGAGCCACCCAGCUUCGAGCCGAGACAGUAGUCAGGAAAGCGGCCCGGCGUUCAGACAUGCAGUCCCUUCUGGGGAGGAGAAUACCGCCCAAGGUGAGACCAGCAUCGGCCGCAAUGCCAACGAGUCCACGCCUUUGAUUCCCGACGGCGGAGGUGCCCAACGCAGACGAUCGAGCGCAGUCCAUCCUGGGGUUUGCAACCACGGUACUUUUAGCCCUAGGCCGACGACGCCGGAUGAAGCGUUCCCCUUCACCUUUACGAGGGACGAUGCCGUUGCCGCGGGGCCUGGCGAAUUUCUUGACAACUCUUCAUCCCAAGAAUCCACGGAAGAAGGCUGGAAAAGAUGGUUUAGCGGGAGAAUCCGGACCCGAAGGAUGGGCCAGACUAGGGAACUGGCUCAUCAAGCUGGACUUCGAGAUAUGCCUUUGAUGUAUCUGUCAUAUUACAUUCCUUGCCUGAAUUGGAUGCAGCAGUACAAAUGGGCCUAUUUCAAAGGCGACCUGGUGUCUGCCGUUACCAUCGCAUCCUUCUACCUCCCCAUGGCGCUCUCGCUCGCUUCCAACCUCGCACAUGUACCUCCGAUUCACGGCCUGUACGCCUUCGUUUUCAACCCCUUGAUCUACGCCUUGCUUGGUUCAUCCUCACAAAUGGUUGUUGGUCCGGAGGCCGCUGGGUCUCUGCUUGUGGGAACAGUGGUGCAGCAGAGCGUCGACAGCGGUGGCUCGGCCGAGGAUAACGACCUCGUCCAUGCCCAGAUCUGUGGGGUUGUGGCCGGUAUGGCGGGAGCCACCGUUUUGAUUGCGGGAAUAGCGCGGUUGGGUUUCUUGGACAGCGUUCUCAGUCGCCCUUUUCUACGUGGGUUCAUCAGUGCCAUUGGCUUCGUCAUAGCCGUGGACCAGCUGAUUCCUGAGCUUGGCCUGAACAAUCUUGCGAGCCAAGAGGGCGCAAGCCACGGCAGUACCUUUGAGAAGAUUGCCUUCAUUAUCGAGAACAUCGGCGAGGCCCACCAUUUGACGUUUGCAGUUGCUGGCAUCAGCUUCCUUGUCAUCAUGAUUUUUCGUGAGGUUAAGAAGAGUCUCGAACCCAAGUUUCCCUCCGCCGUGUUUAUCCCAGAUCGAUUCUUGGUAGUCGUCGUUUCUGCCAUUCUUUGCUGGCACUUGCGUUGGGAUCAGCAAGGCGUCGAGGUCCUUGGCUCUGUCAAAGCUGCCAAUGGAGGCGUGUUUGCAUUUCGAUGGCCAUUCCAAUUAUCCCACAUGAAGCACAUUCGCACCGCCAUGUCAACAUCUUUUCUCAUCGCAUUGCUUGGCUUCUUCGAGUCAUCUGUUGCGGCCAAGAGCUUGGGAGGCAAUGAUGCUAUUCAAGGCAUCGAACUGAGCGCAAAUCGGGAAAUGAUUGCCCUUGGCGCUGCCAACCUCGUCGGCGCGUGCUUUAUGAGUCUGCCCGCCUUUGGAGGUUACGGCAGAAGCAAGGUGAACAAGACGACCGGGGGAAAGAGCCCGAAACCUGUUCUCUGUUCGAUGAUAUCUGUCGUGGCUUGUUCGUUGAUAGAGGAGGCGCCGCAUGAUAUUGCUUUCUUCAUCACAAUAAGGGGCUGGACGGAGCUCGGUCUCAUGGCCGUCAUCUUCUUGGCCACCAUUUUCUAUUCUCUCACGCUGGGCAUGGCUCUGGGCGUUGGUAUUUCGAUCCUUCUGGUCAUCAAGCACAGCACACGUUCGAGAAUUCAGAUUCUGGGGCGGAUCCCCGGGACGAAUCGUUUCGAAAACGCCGAGUCUGGUCAUGCGUGUCUGGAAUUCAUUGAAGGGUGUCUCAUUGUCAAGAUUCCAGAGCCACUGACUUUUGCCAACACUGGAGAAUUGAAGGCGCGGUUGCGACGCCUGGAGCUGUACGGAACCUCAAAAGUACAUCCGGCCCUCCCUCGUCUUCGGAGCCAAGAAUCGAACCGCAACAUCAUCUUUGACAUUCACGGCGUCACAUCCAUGGACGGGUCGGGCACCCAGGUUCUCGAGGAAAUUGUACGCAGCUACCGGGAACGUGGCGUACGCAUCUUCUUCUCCCGUUGCCCGAGUCCACGGGACCGCGCGGUCUGGAAGCUACUGGAGAGUAGUGGCAUUGUGGCACUAAGCGGAGGCGAAUCGCAUUUUGUUAAUGACGUAGAGGAGGCGUUGCGGUGGACAGAAUACGAGGAGAGCAUCGGGGUCCGAAGCGGUAACAGCGUUUGA